UCAGCAAACUCUCUGACGUGUGUACACAAGCAACAGAGCUGAUGAAUAAAGCGAACCUGUCAGGUGUGCUGGAAGCAGGAACGAUCGCCGUGAAACUAGCUGAGUACACAACAAUUUUUGUUCAAAUAUUGGGUGCCAUACCAACAAAGGAGAUAAUAGACCAGAAAUUUGUUCCAGAAUUACUGAAGAGCAUCGGUGAGCUUCAGAAUGACAUAACAAAGUAUGACUAUGAUGGAUGACACAAUUUACAUGACGUACAACGCCUUCGAGGAGAACUUCUACAGAUUAUCGCUCAAACGGUUUCUGAGCAGUUUGUCAGCUCCUGCUCUAAGCAUAUCACUUCUUUACUGACCAACACAUUUAAGAGUCAGGUGAGCAGUGCUGCUGGAAAGGCGGUGGACCACAUCAUGCACAGACAGAAAACUCAGCGUUUCUUUGAUGACCAGAGGCAAAAGCACAAGAAAUCUGCAAGCCACAAGAAAGUGGAGCAGCUGUCCGAUGAGGACAAAACAAAACUAAUACAGUAUACAGAAGAUAUGAGCAAAGACGGUCAGCCUGUUACAGCCCUCGAUGUGUACGUGCUCACAAAAAGUAACCUGCUCCAUGGAAAAGGAAUUCAACUCACAGUUGUUGAUGAAAACGGAAAACAGCUCACUGAGGAACGGUACCCAGGAACCAACAAAUCAGCAGGUGAUAUAAAACUGAGGUUGACCAAAUCUGCAAAAUCCCUACAUCUACCACAAGCUGGUGUGCAGCUGUAUGGUGGCCAUUUUGACCUUAUACAAGAGGAUGGCCGGAUAAUCAGCGUCAGCUCGGAUCCUCAGAACGCUCUUUAUCACGCAGUAGCACAAGCAACUGGCAACGAGACAGAAGACCCAAAGAAAGAGGCUUUGGUGCUACGUGAGAAAGUGAAAAAGGAGAUCCAGACAAACCUUGAAUUAUACACACCCAUGCUCAACCUCCAGAGAGGAUACGACUUCUCUCACAAAAACCCCAGGAAAUACAGCAUCACUAGAGGAAGUCAUAAGGAGGCUGACGUGGCGCUGCAGGAAUACUUCCAGAGUGUUAAAUUCAUCAGGAGUGACGACCGCAUCCUCAUCAGAGUGAACCAUCUCGGCUUUGUUGGUGAAAAUAAAAGAGUUCUAAGUGCUCGGAAGUCCAGUAAGAACACCACUGGGAUACUUAACACGAGCCAUAUUCCCCCAAAGGACUCCAUCAGACAAGCCUGGAUGUUCAUGGAGAACUCAGGCUCAGUGACCGAGUUUAGAGAUAAAAACCUGGAGCUUUAUAAACUGAUCAGCAGCAUAAAGACGGACAAUAACGGACAGAAUCUGAUUGCCAUGGAGGUUCUGGGACAGGAUCACAAGCGGGCUUUAACUACGGGCCCAAGCGACCGCUCGCAGAUGGCCAGGAAACUUCUAGCAGACACCAUGAUCACUGGAGAUGUAGAGCUUCUGCUGAAACGCUGCAUGAUUCUGCAUCACCCACUUACCGCACAAAAGUUCAGAGGCGCUCUGGGUGAAAGCAUUCCGGCUGAGAGCCAUGUUUUGUCCCAUGACGGUAUCCGAGGCUACUACAAAGCAGGGUACAGAAACCUGGUGUUGGAGUACAGCCGCAUGGGAAUCCUGGAUCAGAACCAGCGUGAGCGUCUGGACCAGUGGGUGAUUCAGGACCAGCACGAGGACACAAACAGUGCAGAGUACCACGAGCUUCUGCAGGGAUUACAGAAGAACAAGGCAGAGGGAGAACAUGUCUAGUGUUAAUGAACACAUGUCCUCUUCUUUCACCUCAUGGUAAAUAUGAUGGUGGUGGUGAUGGUGGUGGCUAUAGAUAGCAGGAAAUGAAUGAUCUCUGCUACUGAAAUCAUAUUAACUAGAAAAAAAAUCACAUUUUAGCAAGUAAAGUAAUUUUGUUCUCUUAAGAAGCAGUAGAACAGAAUAAGAGAAUUUAAAACUUCAAAUCAGUAAAAUUACAGCAUAGCAAAUUCAUAAUUUCGUGUUUUGAUUAUAGUUGCACAGGUAUACAUGAUCAUACUGUUCAAACGUGUGUUUGGGGUUGAAAUGUGGAAGGAAAAGUAUUAUAGCGUUCUUCUACAAAUCAGAAACUGAAUUACAAACAUCCUGCGAUGAUCUGGCGAUUUGUCCAGGGUGUACCCCGCCUCUCGCCCUUAGUCAGCUGGGAUAGGCUCCAGCCCGCGACCCUGCACAGGAUAAGCAGUUAUAGAUAAUACAUGGAUGGAUGGAUUUACAAACAUAAUCAUGGUGUGGGGUUGUGAUUAAAUUUCAAAUAUAUAUAUUAAAAGAAAUAAAAUCCAGAAACAGUUCUUCAGGAGCUCGUAGACUGAUGUCCACGUUACAGCUUCGCAGUGUGGAUCAGGAACACGCUGAGAUUUCAGUCUUCUCUCUGAUUAAAAGGUAAAAUUCACACAGUGAAAUCAUUUUAAUUAAAAUUGACUGCUGAAUUUAUAAUAACUUCAUUCUUUCAUAAUCAGUGAAAUGAGGAGAUUUUAUGAUCAGAAUCUACGUUUUACACACAAGUAUU